AUGUCGAGCACUACUACCGACGACGCCCGAAGCCUGCCUACUCCUUGGAUGAUAAGAUUUUUCGAGCAGCAUCAUAACGAUUUCAUCAGCACCCAAUAUUGUCCAGGACAGGAGUUCAUCAUGCAGAUUCUCAGAAAGGCAAAUUUCUGCAAACUUAGUUUGGUGGAUGGGCUUGAAAGACCACUAGAAACAUGGCUCACCGACCCGAAAUUCAUCAUCGACGACCUCUUUUACAAAAGAAUUCGACCAGCCCUCGUCCUAGCGUCAAGAUUCAUUUGGAACAGCGCAGACUUUUUCGACAACACCUGGAAUCAUGAAAUCCACUCCGAAGGCAACAAGAUCUACUCUAUCCACGAUCUCGAGACUUCCUAUGAACAAAAGCACAACUGGAUCUCUAAAGUUUUAGGCAAUAUCAAUGAACAUGACGGCCACGCAACACUACACUACGGGCAGCACACAGAGAAUGGCACUAAUAUCUCCCACGACGCCUACGAUAAAGUCAGGAUGUGCGCUCUACAGCUCAACCAUCAAUUUCACAAGUUCUUCACCCACCCCUCAUACAACAAGUGGUCAACAGAGACAGUCCAAAGGACGCUUUACAUCCUAGCAACGACGAUUCCACACGAGAUCGUCCAUCUGUGUUACAGAUUCAGAUGGCAGAGAGAACUUGGUACAGGAAUGGCCGCCCCACAGGAAGAGCCACUUUACAAGAAAAGUGACCCUACAGCAGAACUCGGACUCGCCUGGAAACGAUGGGCAUUUGGAGGAACCCCAGACAUAAAAUACGAUAAUGGAUACACACCCUACACCGGGGCCAAAGCGUUGGGUAAUCUCGACCUCAACCAGGUCUGCUGCUGGAGUGGAUGCCAGCCACAGACGAUCAUGAAAGUCAAGGCCUCGGACGCCUCAGACAUCCCCCCCUUUUUUGACCCUAUGUGUUGGCGCCUGUGGAUAAUCCUACGAAGCGGCAAGCACCCGGACUAUGACGAAGUGGUCGGAAAAAACUUCAUUGAUACGAUGAAAGCAGCCCAGCAGAUGAUGGAGUUCCGGGCUGUCCAUGGUGGAAGUCUCCCUCGGGUCGACCAAAUCCAGCGUGUGGAGUUGAGAGAGGAGUUCUGGGACACUCGGACCAGAGCCAGUGCCAAUGGGGAGAAGGUUGUGACCCAAUCACCACCAUCACACCGCAGACAACCGUCAACCUCACCUUCAACCUCGACAACUACAGCAUCAUUAUCAUCUUCAUCCUCGACCUCCUCCUCAAGGCCAUCCUCAAGGCCAUCCUCAAGCCCGACACUCACAGCGGCCAUCCCUCAAGGAGCACCUAACUUCAACGGUGCGUGGCUCGACCUUUGUGCUGACUCGAGGAAUAAGCUUACAAGACGCUCUCGAGACACUCAUCGACUAUAA